AUGUCGGGAACAGGAGCUCGGCUCAAUAUUUUUCCUACUCGCAUGGCUUUAACCACCAUGAAAACAAAAUUGAAGGGAGCACAAACAGGACACAGUUUGUUGAAACGUAAGAGUGAAGCCCUCACCAAAAGGUUCAGAUCUAUCGUUCAAAAAAUCGACGAAGCAAAACGAAAAAUGGGUAAAGUAAUGCAAACAGCUUCGUUUUCUUUGGCAGAGGUAACUUACAUUGCUGGUGAUAUUAGUUAUCAAGUUCAAGAAAGUGUCAAAAGUGCUCAAUUUCGCGUUCGCACAAAACAAGAAAAUGUUUCCGGAGUGAUGUUACCUACUUUUGAGAGUUACUUGGAAGGAGGAAAUGCCUUCGAAUUAACGGGACUCGGACGUGGUGGUCAGCAGGUACAGAAAAGCAAAGAAACAUAUAUUAAAGCUGUUGAAGCUUUGGUCGAGUUGGCCUCCCUGCAGACUGCAUUCGUCAUCUUGGAUGAAGUUAUCAAGGUAACAAAUCGUCGUGUAAAUGCUAUCGAACACGUUAUCAUACCAAAGAUAGAGAACACUAUAAAAUAUGUAAUUUCUGAACUGGAUGAGCAAGAUCGUGAGGAAUUCUUCAGACUUAAAAAGGUUCAAGGUAAAAAGAAGAAGGACCAACAAAUCGCCGAGAAAGAGAGACAAGUUAAAGCCGGAGAAAGUGGUACUAACAUAAUAUUAUUAUGA